CUUUGACUCGGAGUCUGCAGGCAAAGAAGUGAGGAACAAACGGUGUGCGUUUCUCUCGCCUGCUCAGUCACACCUGAUCUGAUCGUUCCAAUGGAUUAGAGGAGACAACGCUUGCCCAUACAUGGAGUGUGUGUGUUUGUGGCUGGUGUGUGUGUGCGUCCUGAAUGUGCCGAGUGUCAGCGCUCACGGCGGACCAGACAAGGGUGACCACCCCCGCCUGGACCACCAACAUCACCAUUCCAACGCCAACACUAACUCAGAUCUGUGCGUCAUCGACCAGCAGCUCUGUCAAGAUGAGAACGCCUUGCUGAGUUUUGAGGCCAUCUGCAGCAUCCACAAACUGAUGGACGACGAUGCAGACGGCGCGGUGGACGCGACCGAGACGGACGAGUUUCUGCGGGAGGACCUCAAGUAUCACGACCCGAAGGCCAAGCACAGCAGCUUCCAUCGUGUGGACUUGCGCAUUAGCGUAGAGGACAUGUGGGACGCCUGGAAGACCUCAGAAGUGUACAACUGGACAUGCGAGCAGGUGGAAGAGUGGCUGCAGCUCAGCGUCGAGCUUCCUCAAUACGCAGAAACCUUCCGCACACACGGGCUGGACGGCAAGGCGUUACCGAGGCUGGCAGUGAAGAACACCACCUUGACCACGUCCCUGUUAAAGAUCUUGGACCGGAGUCAUGCCCAGAAACUGCAGCUGAAGGCUCUAGAUACGGUGCUGUUUGGACCACCACCAGGUCGACAAAACCGUUGGAAGGACCUGGUUCUGGGUGUGUCCAUCCUGGCGGCGCUAGGCGGAUGCUGGUUCGCGUACGUCCAGACGAGGAAGUCCAGAGACGACCUGGGCAAGCUGAUGAAGGAUUUGGAGGGUCUUCAGAGGGCUGAGCAGAGUUUGCUGGACCUGCAGGAGAAGCUGCAGAAGGCUCAGGAAGAGCAGCGCUGCGUUCAGGUGGAGAAGGUGAAGGUGGAGGAGGAGCUGAGGAGCGAGAUCAACACGGCCAAGCAGGAAGCUCAGCGUCUCCAAGAGCUGCGUGAGGGCACCGAGAACGAGAGGAGUCGUCAGAAAUACGCCGAGGAGGAACUAGAGCAGGUGAGGAUGGCGCUAAAGAAGGCAGAGAGGGAGCUGGAAUCACGGGCUCGCUGGGCGCCACCGGAAGCCCUGCAGACGUGGCUGCAGCUGACGCACGAGGUGGAAGUGCAGUACUACAACAUCAAAAAGCAGAGCGCAGAGAGGCAGCUGCUCCAAGCCAGAGAAGGGGCCGAGAAGAUCAAAAAGAAGAGGAGUUCUCUAUUUGGGACCUUUCAUGUGGCUCACAGCUCCUCCUUAGAUGAUGUCGACCACAAGAUCCUCUCUGCCAAACAGGCCCUGGCCGAGGUGACGGCCGCGCUACGAGAGAAGCUGCACCGCUGGCAGCAGAUCGAGUCCCUCACUGGCUUCUGUUUGGUCACCAACGCGGGUCUUGGGGCGCUGGCCGCCGCCCUCAACCUGGACCCGUCCUUCCUGGGCCUGAGACCCUCGACCCCACAGCAUCUCUUACUGUCCGACGACCUCGAUGACAUGGACGAGGACAUCCUGUCGCCUGGAACGCUGCAAUAUGCAGCCUGGCAGAUGGACCGACGAGUAAGUGACCUGUGGCCUUUGAGCAGCAUUGCAGACAACCAAUCGCCAUGGAAACUCUCUGUUCAGAAUCUGAUGCCCCAGCAGCAAAGGAUGGGAGACCCAGCUAUGAUGUUCAGCUCUCAGAGGUUGGUAGAUGGGAGGGGCCCGCAUCAACAGGAAGGGUGUGGCCUAAUUACCUGCCCUCCCAGGGGCCCUCGGCAGACACGCAGUCGCUCCAUUGGCCAGCUGGAAUUCCUCCCAGUACCCACCACCCCUCUCUCCUCCUCGCUCUCGCACCCCUGCAUCUCCCCGGCCUCUGCUGCUCCUCCUCCUUGCGCCCCUGCACUUGCACUCUGUUGUCCUCCUGUCUCCAAAUCCUCCUACAUGGAGGGAACCACUCGCUUUUCUGCUCUGCUCCUCCAGUCCUCUUACUCUCUGGAGGCGUACAGCCCUUCGCAUGCGGGGGGCACUGCGAUGAGCGGAAGGCAGCGUUGUCGAUCCGGCAGCUCUGGAGACAUAAUGGACCGCUCAGACUCUGACUCCGCCCUCCCGCUCUCUCACGGUGAAUCCAGAGGCAUGUACGGCUCCAAGCCCUUCCUACUUGCGUCUAAGCUCCACCCCCUGCAGGGUCAGACACCCAGAUUUAGAGGAGGGGGAGGCCUGGAGAAGAGCUCAAGCCUGGGAGAGCUGAGGGGCACGUCUGCCGCCUUCCUCUCCUCCUCCUGCUCCACCCGCUCCCUCUGCAUCACGCCCGACAGCACCGACGGUCUCAUCCUCUGCUCCUCGCUCCCGGGCUCGUCUAGCGGAGGGACGGGCGUCCACACUCCCCCCAGGUGGAGCCCCGUGGAGGAGGAGGAUGGGCGCGAGGAGGGUGAGUCGUCGGGCGGACGCAGGAGAAACGCCUUCAAUAAAAUUUUCAAGAAGAAAAAGUGACAUCACUGAAGACGCUUUCAUAUUUUUGCCUUUUGGCCGAUGGGAAAACUUCAUUCAUUUGAUUUAUGGACAAAAAGACAGCAAAAAAGUCUACAAACCUAGUCUAGCUUCAUUAAAACAACUAAACAACACUCCAAAAUUGAACAACAAAAAGCGGUACAAUUUGGAGUUCAACCCAAAUCUUCUGGACAAAUACGCCUCAAAAGUCUUCAGGUUUGGUGAUCCCACCACAGAAGGGUAGUAGUCGUGUCAAAUAGGAAAAGUGCAAUGAUAACCAUAGAAAAGGAAAUGGAACUUACUGCAAAACAGGAAUGGCUUUGGCUACUAAGCACGAAAUGAGCAGCACAAUUAAUCAUUUAUCAUCAAUUUCAUUUAAGGUACGUUUUCACCGUCCGUGUCUGUCAGGCGUCCUUAAGGGUGAGAAGUUUUACGUUAUUGUUGUAUUAUACCGUUCUUAACUUUGUACUGUUAAGUUCAGAAUGUUAAGAUGUUUCUUGUCUGUACAGUUAGAGGUUUUAUGGUGGCUACACUUUGACCCCGGAACAGAUGAAUUCACUUGACAUUAUGUCCUAUGGGAGUCUAUUUUGAGCAACCAACAUCGCAGGAUGAUUUGUUUGACUUUGGAGGUUCCAGUGGCUUGCUUUGAUUUAUUCCAUAGGAUAAAAGGACUGAAAACCAGGAGGCCAUGUUUGGUAUUUUCGACUGUGCAACUGUAUUUUUUUUUUCCACCAAGAAGACCAGUGAGAUAAAUCAACCUCUCACCCAAAUCAAGUUUCCACAGGUUGAUGUUGACAAUUGGAGUCAGCAUGUGAAAGCGUACACACACACACACACACACACACACACACACACACACACACACAUCAAA